UUGAAAAAACUUGAACGGUCACUACUCAUUAUCGGUGUCUCUGUCUCUCUCUCCCGCCAUCUUAGUCCGUACAGCUACUGGCUACACAAAAAUGGCUGCAUUCUUUGCCACGUCAUCACCCCCAUCUCUUCUUAGCUUCUCUCAUUCCCACCACCAUAACCAGAGUUUAUUGUUGCAAAGUUGGAAAGUUGGGGCUUUUAGAUUGCGGUGGCUUACACCGUUUUCUUCUAACACUUUAAUGCAUUGGAAGAGGAGGAGAAAUUUGAUCUAUGCAGCCAGUCAAGGUGCUGAAGAAGCUUUCAAAAAGACCGUUGAAGUGGAUAGGCUGAUAGAUACACUGAGGGAUGCAAAUCCAAAUGAACUUCAGAAGCUUGUUGUUGAAAAUGUCCUUGCUUUCAAUGAAGGUUUUUGGAUACGCCUUGCAGCAAGAACUGAUACCUGCAAAUCAGAGGAUGAUAAAAAAGAUUAUGAAGAAUUGGCUAUAUCUGUAAUGAGCAUAGUGGAUUGCCUUGUCCAUAAGACUAAGGAAAAAAUAGAGUCAUCCACUGAUGUUCUCAAGGAGAUACUAAAACCAGUGGUUGAUGAAGUGGAAGAGGUUCGCUGGCCUCCUAGAGAUCCCGAGGCCCUAGUAUUGAUGGAGAAAGAGAUAAGCCAAAGGGAACAAGAAGGGCAACUAGAUGAAGGCUUUCUUUCAGAGGUCAAUGCACAGCUACGGCAAGCAAAAGAAGAUGGGGAUAAGCCAGGGCUGGAGGCUAUGUUGCAAAAGGUUUUGCAACUUUAUGCUUCUAGAGUUCUCUCCAAACGUAGUUAUGCGAAGAAAGGAGAAGAAGUUUUGAAGGCUGAGCAGUUUCUCGAAGCCAUAAUAAAAGCUCCAGAGGAAGAAUGGAACAAGCUUUUGAUCAAUGGAAUGACUGUUGGCAAAGGGGACAUUUCACCAGAUGAGUUUUACGCUGUCAUUAAAAAACGAAUUGAGCGGACUUUGAUCCGAACAGAGGGAGGAUCUUACCAGCAGCGUGUUCUUACGGAGUAUUUGAAAGGCAUCCAAUCAAGAGCGGAGGAGAUUGUCCAAGUACUUCAGGGCAAGCCAUAGUGGAAGCUGCCUAGAAUUGAAGAUGAUUUGGUACCAUAAAGUAUCAGUACUGCACAAAAUGUGAUCUGUAGUGUAUACUGUAAAUCAGGGAGUGAAGAAAAGAACACCUCAGAGAAGUUAGGAGUUCUGUUGUGGAUACAAUUUUCCAGACAACUCCUAUACGAGACAGUGAACUUUGCUUUUAGCACCUGAGUAUAUCCCUUUGUUGCAACAUUAUUCAUGUAUCACUGAUCAUUCUUUUCUUGAUCAGUAUGUGUAUACAAUAUGUACAAUUAGGCCCGUAGAUGUAUACUAAUUGCAUCACCACAAAAACAAGCUUCUGUAAGAUUUCCCCCCUUAACAUAGUGGAGUAUAGUGGGUUUGACUUGGGUUUAGAGUUUCGGUGCACCGUACCUCACAUGUCCAAAAUUGACCACGUGUCCAGAUUGUAUCCUAUCUAGUGCACUAGAGCAUUGAACGGAAGUUCUGCAUGAGUAUAGCCAUAUCUUCUUCUUCUUCUU